AUGAGGGUGUGUGGUUGCUCUGGUCCUAUGGGUGAAAUCCAGAGCAUUGGGAGUGACAUCAUCUUUCACAAUAAAAUGCUCCUUUGCACCCUUCAAUACUUUCUCUUUAAAAACACCUGGAAGUCCAGACAAAUAAUGAACACGGAUCCUGUGAAGAUGUUGUCUGCGAAAGCCAUGGCUAAAGUAAUGCUUGUCAUGCUGGCUGUUUGUCUUCUCACAAAAACGGAUGGCAAAACUGUUAAGAAAAGAGCUGUCAGUGAGAUACAGCUUAUGCACAACCUGGGCAAACACCUGGCCUCUGUGGAGAGAAUGCAAUGGCUGCGAAAGAAGCUUCAGGAUGUACACAGUUUUGUUAGCCUUGGAGUCCAACUGGCUGCCAGAGACGGUGGUCACCAGAGGCCCACCAAGAAAGAAGAAAAUGUCCCUGUUGACAGCAAUCCAAAAAGUCUUGGGGAGGGAGACAAAGCUGAUGUGGAUGUAUUAGUGAAGGCUAAAUCUCAGUAA